UUGUGACAGCUGUCAGAGCUGGUGAUGUUUCCACAAUAAAUAUAAUUUAUUCUAUUCUUGUUGCGUCAACUUAAACUUACCAUUAGUUAUUAGCAUUUUACACCUAAUUAAUGUGAAAGAGGUUAACUUGAUGGACUGCAUAGUCUCCAUAAGAAAUGGUGAAAUUUAACAUUAAUAAAUGACUAAGCAAUUAGCAUAACAUGUCUGGAACAAAUCCUAGAGAUGUGGCAUCCGAAAGGGUGAAUCCGGAGAAUAAUUACGUAACUGGUGAUCCAAUAUUUAACACGAAUCGUGCACGAAACAACAACAACAACCAGAACCCCCUUUUUACUGUGAGGGACAGAUUGUUCCAUACAGUUUUCUUUAGAGGAUCUUUAGCUUAUGCAAGAACAUUUCCAAAAUCGGUGCGGAGGUUUAUAGAGUUUGUAAUCCUUUUAAAAGCUGUUUGUGCAUUUUUUGUGCUGGUCUAUAUACACAUGACAUUUUCAAAGUCUCCAGCCACUUGUUUAGAUCAUGUUAAAGAGACAUGGCCAAGAGAUGGUAUAUUAAGAGUAGAAAUAAUUCGUAAUGCCGGAAAGGGCUACAAUAUUGAAAAAAGUUAUGCAAAGGAGCAAAAAUUGAAACACGAAAAGGUAGAAGAUGUACCAAAUGUGCUGGGUUUAUUAGUUAGAGAUGGUUUUGUAAGAGAAGAAUCAACUCUUGAGAAACAAUAUAUUAGUAAAAGUGAUCCUUUAAAGUCCCUAAAUUUUACUAAUUCACUUUCAAAUCAAACCCAAAAUGCUGAGUCUAAUUUAAGUACUGUACCUGUUGACACUGUAGAAGUGACCAAAACAUCUUGGAAUGACUUGACACCUUUGAAAAAUAGUGAGACACUUGUUGUUAAAGAAGGGCCACUUAUGAAAACAGAAGAUUCUCAGAUACGGCAGAAUGAGACAGUCAAAGAGCAAACAGUUAAAUAUGAAAUACCAAAUUUAGAAGAAGACUUGUCUCCAACUGAAAAGUUAACUAAAGCAGUUUGGCCCGAUGAUGAAUAUAUAGUGGAAUAUUCACUUGAAUAUGGAUUUCUCCGUCUCAGUCCCUCUGCCAGAGAACGUUUGGGGGUUCCUGUACACAUAGUUAUCCUGGACCCAAAUAAAGAUGAGUGUUUUGGUGACACAUUUAGUCGUCUUAUAUUAGAAGAGUUUUUGGGAUAUGAUGAUCUCCUAAUGGCAUCAAUUAAAACCUUAGCAGAAAAAGAGGACAAUAAGGGCUAUCUAAGAAACGUUGUGACUGGGGAACAUUACAGAUUUGUCAGCAUGUGGAUGGCCAGAAGUUCUUAUUUCGCGGCUUUCUUCAUAAUGAUGGUCUUUGUAAUUGAUCUACUUCAAAUGUUGGAAUUUAACGUUUCUGUAAGUUUUCCAGCUGCUCCUAUUUUGACCGUGAUUUUGGCAUUAGUCGGUAUGGAAGCAAUAAUGUCAGAAUUUUUCAAUGAUACUUCAACAGCUUUCUACAUCAUUCUGAUAGUUUGGAUGGCAGAUCAGUACGAUGCCAUUUGCUGUCACACAUCAAUAACAAAAAGACACUGGUUGCGGUUCUUCUACUUGUACCAGUUCUCAUUUUAUGCCUACCAUUAUCGGUUUAAUGGACAGUACAGUAGUUUAGCAUUACUUACUUCAUGGUUGUUCAUCCAGCAUUCUAUGCUAUACUUCUUUCAUCACUACGAGCUGCCGGUGAUUCUUCAGCAGGCUCAAGUUCAGCAGAUAAUCCUUCGAAGUACCCAGCAGCAGAGGGAAGCGCGUCCUGCCGGCCAGGUGUUCAUUAACCCUUUAGCGGCAAGGAUAACGCAACUGCUUUCAGCGGUGCGACCUUCAGUAACCACCCAGACCUCAAACACGCGAACUCCUGUAGUUAACAGUUCGACGGCUACAACAGCGUCGGUGGGCACGUCGGCCCAACCGACCGUUACCAAUCAAACCAGCCAAACGGGACCUCCGUCCGUUGAAACGACGGAGGUCCAGACCUCAACAAGCCCAACCGUGGCAACCUCGAUGCAAACGGUAGGAAGCACGAGACCUCACGGCGGAUCAGAUGCAUAAAUGAAAUGAAUGUAGCAAGCAGACUGUAUAAGGAUGUAUAGUUUCUGUUCCCGUUGACUAUUUUAAUUUAAUUGCUUGUCUAGAAUUGUAAAUAUUAUCUACUCUUAUAUAUUUCAGUUGAGAAGGUGGUUGUACCAGUUUUAGGUGUAUCGAAUGGAUUAAGUUUUAAGCAGCAAAAUUAAAAAAAAAAUAACAAACUACCCGAACACUUAAAUGGCCUCCAGUCGGUUUAAUGGCAUUUCAUGUUUUUGUAAUAUUUUGUCUGCUAUCUUCUUGCACUGCCGCUACCGGCAAAAGAUCCUUACUUUGUUGUGUAUGCCAUUUUGUUUGUUACAUAUAUAAUAAUAAAGUUAUUUUUUAACUA